AUGAAUUACAUCGACACGGGGCGAGUAAUUGAGGAAGUGCGAUUUAGAAGAUGUUUAUGGGACCCGGCCGAAGAUUCAUACAAGAAUAAGGAUGCGAAAAAUAAAGCAUGGGAAGAAAUUGGAAAGGAAUUGUGUGGUGAAAAUUUCAAUACAGCCUUAGAUAAACAAAUACGCCAGCGAUGGAAAUCAGCGAGAGAUAAUUAUUUCAGAACAAAAGGGAAUAUGCGAAAUACGCCAUCGGGAAGCGCUGCAAAACACAAGAAGUAUCUGUUUUUCGAGCAAAUGACAUUCCUUGAUCGUACUUCAGAAAAUGAAGUCACAGAUUCAUUAAGCGAUAAUCAGUCUAGCGUAUCUGAAGAUUUGACUACUAGAGACACAUAUGAAGCAGUUACAUCUGCGAGUAACUUGAGUACUCCAUCCCAGUUCCAAAGACAACAAGAAAACACAGAAAAUAGUAAUGAUACUCCCAGAUGGAAUCAAAAGAGGAAAAAUAAACGGAAAUCCGAUCAAUCAAAUUUUGAAAACGAAUUAAUAACGUUGUUGAACCAAAAUACUUCCACUUCCAACCUAAGUACUGAUGAUUUGUCAUUUUUUGAGUCUCUUGCUCCGAUUCUAAAUAAUUUAAGUGCUUAUCAAAAGCUGCAGUUUCGCUCAAAGGUUUUAGGAUUAGUCAUUGAGAUUUCACCUCCAACAACUUCGACACCUAGCUUUUUAUCACCGCCAGAAAAUAAUGUUAAUUCUAGUCUGAACGCAAAUUCUACAUACAAUUGCACAACGCGAUCAUCGCCAUAUCCUAAUUAUAACUAUUCUACCACUUCUACACCUGAACAGCUCUAUGAAUCUGCAGUAGCUUUUUCAAAUGUCAUAUCGCCAACUGAGGAUAAUAACUCAAAUUCUGCUCACUCAUCUGCUGCGUACAGCUCGAUAGUUGAAUCAAUGAAUGUUAUGAAUGAGACUCAUAAUGAAGAUCAGUAA